CCUGCCUGCCUGCCUGCCUGCCUUCCGCCACCCCCAAGCCCCUUCCAGCUCCAGCCUGUACCGCCCUCCCACUCACCAAAACCGGACUCCGUAUGUCCAGACGCGAGCCUACUACUCCCAAGACAAAUGCACUCAUAGUUUUGCCCGAAGAAAAAAAAAAAGUUGAACUCUAAAAGUAGGCUACGGUAGUCAGCGGCAGAGCUGUGUCGGAUAAGUUUUUUUUCUCUUCUUUGCCCCCAGUUUUCGGCCCCGCGGCGGGGCAGGACAGCAAGGGCGGACCGGGGGGAGGAAAAGGAGACCGUAGGAUGUGGAUCUGGUUCCUUCUGCUCGGUUCGGGGUCAGGCUCAAGAACAGUUGAGAGCCAGCUUCUCCCAGGGAAUAACUUCACCACGGAGUGCAACAUCCCUGGAAACUUCAUGUGUGGAGAUGGGAAGUGUGUCCCAGGUGGGUGGCAGUGCGACGGAUUGCCCGACUGCUUUGACAAGAGCGACGAGAAAGGCUGUCCUAAGAUCAAGUCAAAGUGUGCCCCUACAUUCUUCGCCUGCGCUAAUGGGGUCCAUUGCAUCAUCGGACGCUUCCGCUGUAACGGCUUCAGUGACUGUCCUGACGGGAGCGACGAGGAGAACUGCACAGGCAACCCCUUGGUUUGUUCGGAGGCUCGCUUCAAGUGUCGAAAUGGCCACUGUGUGGACCGCAGCUUCUUGUGUAACGGCCAGGACAACUGUCAGGACAACAGCGAUGAAGAGCUCUGCCUAACUACAGCAGAAGCUCCGGGGCAGGACUUUGUGACACUGGACUAUCGUCUGCGCUACUACCCCAGCAUCACCUAUGCCGUCAUUGGCAGCGCAGUUAUCUUCGUCCUGGUGGUGGCAUUGCUGGCCCUGGUACUCCAUCACCAGAGGAAGCGGAGCGUCCUGCUGCCCAGAGGGGUAAGAGGGAGCUCACACCACCACCACCACCACCAGCCCCUGCUGCUCUCCCGUUUGGUCAUUUUGGACCGGGGCCACGUCCAUCCUGGAGGUCCUGGUCUUUCCCCCGGCUCACCCGCCGCAGGAGGCCAGUAUAGCUCAACUCCUCAAACACUGCAGCUGCUGUCUGGGACCCUUUAUCCCUCUGGCCUCUCCAUGGACUCACCUCCAUCAUACUCACAAGCUGUUCUGGAUGUCAGUCGGCCUCCCUGGUUUGAUCUUCCUCCUCCUCCAUACCUCUCAGAUGGGGAGCUUCCAUCAGAGGGCGAGCUGCCUCAAUACGAGGGCCCACAAGACCCUUUGAGCUACCCCAGAGCAAAUCCCUCGGCACCCUCCACACCCAGAACUGUGGCCUCAGGCACGCAGCCGAGUUCGAACCCCAGAGAGGAGUCGGCUCAGCUGUAGCCUCUCUCUUGGUAGAACUAGUUAGAACUCAGAGACUGCAGGACUGAAGGACCAGGCUGCAGGGCCACAGGGCCAGGUCAGCCCACAGCAGAGACCUGCUGAGGAAUCAACAAGGAUUAAGAAACUGUACACUCAACGGUGUCCUUAACUCGCUGCCCAUCGGCUCACUGAAGCACUGGACUGAGACAAGCUCAUCCUGCUAGACUGAUCUAGUAUGUUGGCCCCCCCUGCUGGAUCCAUGGUUGCACUAAAUCCAAAUCAGUUACAUCCAUUCUAUACUUCACAUUUCACUUAUACAGUGUUUUCCAUAGUGGGGUUUAUAUGAGAUUUGUGUUGUGUUCAAUUUUAAAUAUCUGAAUUCUAGAUUAAUUCUAUACUGUUAAGGAUUACUGCUAGAUUUGAUGAUUUGCUGUACUUAGAUAACUUAGCAAUGACAUGUUGAAGCCUUAUUCUUACUGAAGUUGAUUCACUUUUAAGAUGAAGACGAUACAGUAGUGUUGUGUAAUUUUUAAUAGUUUAAAAGAACACAUGCUGUUGUUUAAACAAGAGCCGCUCAAUAAGAGGUACUCAAUUUGGCUACAUUGGACUUGUUAUUGUAGAAAAAUUACAUUUUGCAACUUCUUUAGUGGUACUUCAAAGUAAACCUACACUAUCAAAGAGUCUUUGAGAAAAGGUCUGAAUUAUUUCUAGAUCGGAAGUGGAGGGUUUUUUUUAGAAAACAAUUUCAUCAAUACUGUUUCUCUUGUUUUCAUUUGGUUAAAUUCAAGCUAAAAUGUGAAAAGGACCAUUGACAUUUUUAAAUACUGUAUUGGAGUAGAAAUUAAAUAUAUAUAUACAAGUAUAUAUCCUUACCAAGUGAGUUGCAUACAUCAUUCCUCGGAGUAGAGAAUCCCCUCUCUACUAACUAUUACAUUUCUGUUUGAAGACCAAUUGUGUUUUUAUGUAGACACAAAACAGAAAUGUCAAUUAUUUUGUUGAUGCCUUAUUGUGUGCCAGUUUGACGCCAUAGUCACUUUGUAUGUGAUUUGUUUUCGGGCACAAAUAGCCUAUUUAGAACCUCUUAAGACAACAGCCUGGUUAUUUCACAUAACAACAUUCAUUUAAGAAUAUCAUCUCUUAGAUCAGAUUUUGCUUGAGAUUUUUUAAUGUAUAUAACUCUGGGUCAUUUUCGAAAAUCCUCCUCAGUAGUAUUAGACAACAACCAUCAAAUCCAUAUCUGAAGGAUCUAUGUUUAUAAAUUUGAUAAUGUCUGUUAACCUUUUCUCGUUCAUUUCAAAGUGUUCAACACUGUAAAUAGGAGGUCGGGCAAGUAGAGACAUCUAUUUAGAAGUAGAGUUUAAAGUGAGACAUGUGUAAUGUAGUUGUGCUUUGGACCUUUCUUUUCCAUAAGUAGUAAUGCAGGCGUAAGAGAAACAAUCAAACCAAAGAUAAUCAUUAUUAACCUUAGCCCAAGGAUAUUACCCUCCAAAGGAUUGAUUAUGUGUCACAACAAUUGUUUGUACCUUUUUUAUAUUAAAAUGUACAACGCUGUAUUGAGUAAAAACAGAGUUAAUGUAAUUUGCUGUAGAACUGGAAAGCUUUUCUCAGGACAAAAUGAAUGCCAGUCUGUCUGUUCUGUUGUUUAUAUCUUGGUUUUGUUUUAAGGAAUGUUAAAGAUCAAAUUCCCUUUUUUUCUGGUUUGAACUCAUGAAGUUGACUUUUUACAUAUUUGUUUGCCCAUCGUGAUCUUUUUAUCCCUUGUAUUCUGUAUAUUGAAAGUAAUAUAAAAUUCUGACUCUGA